AUGUCUAAACUGUACCAACCUCACUUCUCAACACAGCUCUACGAGCCGUUAACCAACGACUACCAAAAGACUCGCUACCAGCUGCUGAAACUCUCCAACCACCCUAUUCAUGAUUUGGGUCCAGGAUGGGCCCCUUUCUUUCCUAUUCCACCGUCAGCUUCUUGCAAUCACGCGAUUGAGUUCGUCGUGGUCUAUCUAGACGAGAUUGACGGAGACAACAGCGAUGAGGCAGCAGUCGAAGAACUCUAUCAAGGAAUCCAAGAGCUCAUCACCGAACAAGGUGUGCUAUGCAGAGAGCCUUCCAUGGCUGCUUCUUCAAGUUUGAGUGAUGACGAGAACGAUGUAUCUGAGUACAGAAUGGACAACCAGAAAGCUUCUAAUGAUACAUCAUCCCUCGCUUCUCACGCAGCUGAGUUCCAGGCUACUGAACAACAAAUUAAUGACACUUUGAGUGUCUGUUUAUACAACGACGUCUUUGCAGAGUUCCUACGAAUCUGCGAGCACUUUGGAAAUAGCCCUCAGGGCUUCGCGAUGUUCACAGAUGAGUUCCUGACAUCAAUUCAUGAAUUGGUGAUGUGA